GCCCAACUUUCUCCCUCUAUCGUUUUUUAAAAAGACACACAGGCUUGUAGCCUUUAGACUACACUACACCAUCGACUCGCACACGGCCCACUGUUCUCAAUAGAAAGCUCCUAUAAAAAAGGGUGAAAGAAAUUAAAGCAGUCGCCUCCCUCUCCUCCCAGCUUCCCCCCGCGUUCCUCUCCUCCGCCGCGGUCCAAACAAUAGGCGCAUAUGGAGAAGAAUACUAAUGAACCCGAGGGCCUUGGUGCGCGGACAGGCGAAUCAUGCACGUCGGUCGCCGCUUUGAAACCACAACUGGAACACAUCACCCAAUGAGAUGUCAACGCAGAGCAAACUGGCUCCCCUUCGACGGUGAUGAGUGCACUCCAGAGCUCCCCCUGGGGGCUGAUGCUGGCACUGGAACAGCAGGUGGGCGAGCUGAGAGUGGACACAGAUUAUGUCACCUAUGAGGGGACCCAAGGGGACACGGGGGACAGUCGGCCCAGCUCAGGGUUCUAUGAGUCGAGUGAGGGCCAGUCUCCAAAGGGGCAUUCCUGUCGCUCUGACUUCCCAGAGCCCCCCACUGGCUGGGGCUUCAGCAGCACCGAGAGGCCCAAGUCUCUGGGAUAUGCCCUCCAGCUGACAGGUGAGAGUCUGAUGGAGCCAGCCCCUCGUGCCACUGUUCCCCUCUCCUUCUCCGCCCCCUACCCACCCCUGGAGGGCAUCGCUGAGGAGGGUAUGGCCGAGGAGCCCUGGCAGUGGGACCCACACUGUGCCCAGGGUUGGGAGGACCAGGAUCAGGCCACUGAGGAGGACUUCCAGCAGGCCCUGAGGGUAGAAGGCUACAUCCUGGGUCUCAUCCAUCGCUAUGCGCUCUCAGCCCGGCCCUGCAUGCCUUGUGCCAGCCUGGAGCCUGACCCCUCCACCUCCUCCUCCUCCAGCGUCAACAGGCAGAGCAGUCUGCGAAGGAAACCCCCUUUUCACACCCCAGAGCACUGCAUCCCUGACCCACAGGACCUCUACCCUGACCCUGAGUGCCAGGCCUGGUGGUGUGACCCUCUAGACAGGGAGGAAUGGGGGGGAGAGGCCCCAUCCAUGGAGGAGGACUGUUAUCGGUCUUUACCCUACCCCCACUCCAGACCCCACUCCCUGGCCGGGGGCCAUCCACCCUCCCUGGACCCCCCUUGUGGAGAUCUGGAUCCUUGUUUUAGUAGUGAGUCUGAUUCCCUCAGGCACUACCCACUGCCCCACUUCCCGGCUUCAUAUAACCACCUGGUCAGUUCCCAGUACAUCCCUGGGCAGCCCUGCCACACCCCUGUACGCUCCCCCUCACACUUUCCCCCAGAACGAUCCCCCCCACACUAUCUUCCAGAGCCCUCCAAGCCCAGCCGAACCUUUGUGUGCCCAGACCAAAGCAGCUCAAAGCUCAGGGCCACGGGGAAGAAGAGCCAUGAGGAGAGACAGAGUUCCAAGAAGCCUGGCCACAAGACCUGCCGCUCCCAGUCUGAGAACAGUCUGAUGGGGCAGAGGGCUCUCCCUAAUCACAGGUACAGCACAGCCGAGCGCCCCCAGCACCAGAGGGGCCAGGUCCCUCACGCAGGCCCCCAGCACAGUAACACCGCUGGGGGGCGACGCUGGUGCUCCACACUGGAGCUCAGCCAGGAGAAAGGGGAGAUCCAGAGUGAGCAGGCCCGCAGACGCCCACCUCGUAGAGCCCGCCACACCCAGGCCUGCUCUCAUCCCAACCCCAACCAACACUUCCAGGUCCAUGCCCAGCCUCGUCUCUCAGAAUACCCAGAGAGAGCACCUCUGUGUCGGGGAGAGGAGGGCUAUGUGCGGACCGCCCCUGGGGAGUCAGAAUCCAGCAUGAGUGAGGUGUACUCCCCUGCCUCCAGCUCUCUCUCCAGUGACUCCGAUGAGGGGGGGCUGGUGUGGCCCCAGCAGCUGCCCCCUCGCCUGGCCCCCUCCGCUUCCUCCUCUUCCUCCUCUCCUAAGGCCUCGUCAGAGGCCUCCGCGCAGCCCAAGGCCUUUGUCAAAAUCAAAGCAUCUCACGCCCUGAAGAAGAAGAUUCUGCGAUUCCAUGCCGGCUCUCUCAAAGUCAUGACCACAGUCUGAAAAUAUGUCUGUUACUGCUUCUACUGCCCAUAUCCUGCACAGUCUGAUGGUUCAUCCUACAUCACCUACAGUUUACACUCUCUGUCUACCUCUGCUAGUCCGUGCAGCAUUGUCAUAUAAUCAGAAGCUAUUUUACUUCAGAAAAACUUAGAUGUCUGUUACUGGCCUAAGAUCAUCAUCAUGAUAUCAUCUAGCUAAACCACAUUACACCAUCAUCAGACUGUGCAUUAACUCUGAAUAAACCAUUAAUUUGUCUAAUGAAAGUCAUCCUCUGAUGAUAACACUGCCAUGUCACAUAUGGACACCUGAAAGUGAACUGCUACCUCUCUUCUCUCAGCUGCACCACCUUGCAGCAUGGACCUGAAGCCCAUGUCUGUAGCACUGGCCCUUUAGGGUGCGACUGCAGUGAGGGGUCAACACACACACUUCUGUAAAUACCUACCUGUGGCCUUGUUUGUAUGAACGUAGUUUGUAAAUAAAGAUGUUGUGGUCUCUUA